AGGUGCUCCCAGACCACCAACGGCUACCUGUCCGACUCCAGGUCCUGCCCCAGCAACUACAACGUGGCGGCCCUGGCCACCUCGUCCCUUGUGGGGGUGGUGCAGAGCAUCAAGGACCACAUCACAAAGCCCACGGCCAUGGCCCGAGGCCGCGUGGCCCACCUCAUCGAGUGGAAGGGCUGGAGUGCCCAGCAGGCAGGCUGGGAGCUGUCCCCAGCUGAGGACGAGCAUUACUGCUGCCUCCCGGAUGAGCUGCGUGAGGCCCGCUUUGCUGCAGGGGUCGCUGAGCAGUUUGCCAUCACAGAGGCCACACUGAGCGCUUGGUCCUCGCUGGACGACGAGGAACUGCACCCCGAGAACAGCCCCCAGGGCAUCGUCCAGCUCCAAGAUCUGGAGAGCAUCUACCUUCAGGACAGCCUUCCCAGUGGCCCCUCGCAGGAUGACAGCCUUCAGGCCUUCUCCUCACCCAGCCUCUCCCCUGACAGCUGUCCCUCACUGGAGGAGUCCCCCAGCACCGCUGGCAUCCCGCAGCCCCCCAGCCCAGAGCUGCAGCAUCGGCGGCGGCGGCCCGGGCACCAAGGACCCGAGGGUGGGACGCACCUACCGGGCUCCCUCCCCUCCGUGGACAGCGGCUCCGUCUGGGAGGAGGAGGACGAGGUGUUCUAUAACUGAGGCGGGGGCUGUGCUGGUCCGGCACCUGCUCACACCAUGACCUCGCCUGGUGGGCAGUCCAGGCAUAUCUGGAUCCCGGGGUCCAGGGCGGGGCAUCUCUUGACCCCUCGGGUAGGCACAGGGUGGGUGUGACAGGGAUGGGGCCAGCCCUCACCAUGGCCUCUCUGUGCCUCGGCGGACCUGCCCCAGCAGUGGCAGCCAUAACCCCUCCCCCUUCAUUACUUCACUCAGGUGGGCACCUUCCCCUGCAGGGUGUCUGCCCUCGGGGAACUCAAGGACUCUCAGAGACACCAGGGCAGCCUGGCCCAGAGGAGCAACAGCCAGGCCCCCAGGAGGACAGCCAUGGAGAGAACUGAAACCCACUUAGAGUGGGGUCUGGGAACCCUGCCUGUACCUGGGGCUCAGUCCCUCCCCACUCUCUCUGUGUGUCUGCCCCCCAGCAAAGGUGGGGUGGCCACUUCUGGUAGCUAAGCCCCUGCUCCCCGGCUGUCCUCACCGGGACAUCUGUCUCUCUGGAGUAUCUGUCUGUCUGUCCCUCCCUCUCUGAACCUGCUUCCUCGGUGUCCCCUGCUCCUCGCCCCCGGGAGCCCACUCUUGCUCCUUGCAGCUCCCUCCCAUCUCACUCAAGGUUCUUUGAGGAUAUUAAAGUGGUCGAUUCACCCUGGA